UCUUUCCCGGCUAACUCUCGGAGGGGCGGUGGCCCCGCCUCCUGCUCCUGUACGGGUGCGGUGGAGGGACAAUCGAGGCCGUCCCGCGCGCGGCAUGGAGCGCUGCGGAGGAGCCGGAGGCUGGAGCCGCCCGCGGGGCAGGAGACGGCGGCAGCGGCGGGAGGAGGACGAGGAGCAGCAGCAGCAGAGGCGGCGCCUGCAGGAGGCGCGGGCAGAACUGCUGGACUCUGAGUUCUGGAAUUCAAGUCUGAAAAUCCUCUCAAGAUCCCUGCGAGAAGUCCUGGCACACAGGAAAGAUUUGCCCAUGCCCACCGGGGAUGAUGCCCUCUUGGCAUUGGAGGAGCUGCAGCUGUGCCCUCCAGCCCACCUGCCUGGAAGAGCCUGCUUGCGGUGUGUGUGUUAUGGCCUGGGCAACUUCUCUUCCUGCUUUAAGGCCCGCUUCCAGCUGGCAUUUCUGCUGCUGCUGCUGCAGGAACUCCAGGUUCCGGAGGGGCUUUGCUGUGUCUUUGAUCCUGCUUUCUCCCUGUUGGAAAGGGAAGUUCUCAGCAGCCUUGGCUUCUCUGUCCUCUUGUGGAAUGAGGAGGGGAAGCGUCCCAUAGAUGAGCCCACAGUCUUCUACAUGGUCCACUGUGGCAAAGCCCUCUACAACAACCUGCUGUGGAGCAACUGGUCAGCAGAGGCCUUGUCCAAAAUGGUCAUCGUAGGCAACAGUUUCAAGGGGAUUGAAGAAAGGGUCCCGGGCAGGAUAUUCCAAAGGGAUUACGCUUACAUUGCCAAGAUAUUAACAGCCUCGGAGGAAGACGCCCUCCCUCCCCACGACAGGUUUCUGGAUGUGUUCAACGACACGGCCGUCCACCGCUUCCCGUGGCAGAAGCUGAGGGAGGUGCCCCGAGAGACGUGGGCCUUCCACGAGGAGCCCCUUUACCCUCCCCAGGACCAGUUAGAGAUCAUCAGGAACAGCGACGGGACUUAGCUUCAGAGACUGGCCAAGAGGCAGUCAGCUGCAAGACUGCCAUUUGCUCCUGGCUUCGUACCAAACUGAAGUCGACUCCAUGGUCUGCCUGCUCCGGAAGCAGAGGGGCCUGUGCCCUUGGAUCCUCUGGCAGAGCUCAGGGCACGCCCCCACCCAAGGCUGAACGGAUGGACGCCCUGAGCAGCAGCAGGGGGCGCUCUGCUGAGGCUUCCGCUUAGGUCAUCAGCAAGUGCAGCAGGGGUGGUGGGGGGAGGAGGCCUGUGAGGGAGCUGGUGCAGUUGGGAUCUCGGUGUUCUUCUCUCUGGCUCAGCUUACAGCUGCUCCGUCAGCCAAAGAAAAAGGCAGCUGUUCUGGGAAACCAAACCUUAGCACAAAUCGUGGAUGUUUAUUUUUAAAAAAAAAAUGGUUUAAAACUCUGA